AUGGCUUCCCCCUCCCCCGCUCCUCCCGCCGCCGAAACCUCGCGUCAAUAUGUCCCUCUGACCUGCCACGGCCACUCGCGACCUGUGCCUCACGUCUGCUUCUCCGGCCUCGAGAAGGGCGAGCAAUACUACAUGAUCUCGGCCUGCAAGGAUGGAAACCCUAUGCUGCGCGACGGCAUCACUGGCGACUGGAUCGGAACCUUCAUCGGCCACAAGGGUGCCGUCUGGCAGGCCAGAUUGAGCCCCGACGCCUCCAACGCGGCCACCGCCUCGGCCGACUUCACCGCCAAGGUCUGGGACACCCACAGCGGAGAGGUUCUCUACACCCUCCAGCACAACCACAUCGUCCGCGCCGUCGCCUACCCGCCCGACAACUCGGAGCUCAUCGCGACCGGAGGAAUGGAGAAGAAGCUGCGCGUCUUCGACCUCAGCGACUUCGCCCCCGACCCCAACUCGCCCGCUGGCACCCCCAUCACCGUCCCUGCGUCGGCCGGCUUUGAGAUUGGCGAAGGCACCCACACGGGAUCCAUCAAGUUCAUCGCCUGGACCAAAGAUCCUAACACGAUUGUUACCGCCUCCGAUAACACCCUUCGCUGGUUCGAUCUCCCCACGCGCACCGUCAUCCGCCAGGAGGUCCUCGACGGCGAGAUCAAGUCUUGCGAGCUCGUCUCGCUGGCACCCGAGUUCACCUCUCCCAGCGACAUUGGCGGUGGUCUUCCCGUCCUGUCUGUGGCGGCCGGCAAGUGGGUGUACUUCUGGGGCGGCCCCCAGGCCUCGGACGAGCUGAAGCGCAUCGAGCUGAAGCACGGCGUCGCCAGCGUCGGCCUCGACCUCAAGGGUCGCAAGAUCGUCAUGGGAGAGGAGCCGGGCACCUGGGCGCGCGUCUGCCGCUGGGAAGACGGUACCGAUAUUGAAACCCUCAAGGGCCAUCACGGACCCAUCUGGUCCAUCGCCUUCUCACCCGACGGCAAGCUUUACGGAACCGGCUCGGAAGACGGCACAAUCAAGAUGUGGAAGAACUGCGACGGGUUCUACGGCCUGUGGCGUGGCGGCGCCCCCAACGCGGAACGCAACGUGGAUUAG